CGAAAGAAAAAGAGCCAGGGUCCCCGCCGAGCCCAGGAUCCCAGCUCCAUGAGUUUCCCCGAGAAGAUAAUGUAGUAAUAUGGGGUACACAGCCACGACGAGUACCUGGAAGCCUUGGCGACAACCGCCAGCCGUGCUUUGCAGGAGACUACCUAUAUAAACCAACGAACCGAAUGGCGCCGGUGACGUUGUGGCACGUUUUCAUUCCUUCCCUCAUCGUGCGGCUCAGACACCAUAUUAUGUCUUGAUUUGCUAGGAGCGCUUGGCCCUAUUUUUCCGCCGGUGUUGUUGUCGCUCGCUUGAGGUGGGAUUUUUCUCCAUAGAAAUAUCCUUGCUUGCAUGCGAGUUUUCACCGCUAGAUUCCCAUGGCAAAUUGCGUGCGCCGGCAUGAGACUUGUCUCCAAACCACCACCGCUGCCUACUAUGUGUACACGCGUCUGGGUAGAGGGUAACGUCGACGAUGAACACGGACUACAACCUCGACGAGCUCGACGCCGCGCUCAGCUCGGCACGGCACCAGGCUGCCUCUGUGGCCGGUCCUCCCAUGAAUCGGGCUGAGAGCAGUUCCCGCCGCACGGCCCCUAGCACCCGCCGCGGGAGCUUGGUGCCUCCGGGAGUGACCACCUCGGCCAGCAUGAAAGGUGCGAAGGCUCAGCAGCAACUGCGCCAGCACAAGCUCGACGCCUUGAACUUGUUCAAUUUCGACCUCCGCGAGCUUGCCCGCUGCGUGCUUCUGCCUAAUAAUGGCGGCAGGGACAGCCGCGUUUCCUACCACGAAUACGCCGUCUUCGCGCCGGGGGUUGGGUCCGAUAGCGAGCACGAAGAGUACCGCUCACCGAGUGUCAUGUCAGAAGGCGAGGAAGGACUACGAAUGUUUCGAGAUGCCGUCAGGAAUGGGCAUGGGCUGGACGACGAGGGAAAUUUUACGGCCAACCCGAAAGGGAGACACUUACUCCGAGGAAGAAUGCGACAGGUGAUUGCCCAUCGACGCGCACGCCGUGACGAGAUAUACGAGACCAGUGGGCUCGCCAUCGACGGAUUACACCUUACCGUCGAGGAUUUCGAAUCGCUAGGCCUGCACUCCGGCACCUUACCUACCUUGCAGCGGGUGACGCUCGAGUCCUCGUUCUGGGACACGAGAAGGGAGACAAUGUACCUGAUUCUGAGUUUCUCAUCGAACCCGCAGCCGCCAUAUGAUUUCCUCUCAAUGGCGUACAAGGUGCGGACCAAGACAGCGACGGCGCUCGUCCGGCGCUCAUUCGACACGCGCUGGCACGCCGAGGACGCGCUUGACGAGUACGAGCGACGGCUUGACUCGUGCCGCGCGCGUUGGUCCCACCCGCUGGUGCUCCCCGUCGUUCUGCUACAGGUGCAGCUGUUCCGGACGGAGGAGGCUGUCCAGGCUAAUAACGCUGAGGUGCUUGCUCUCGAAGUCCACGUCGACGCCGUUACGGGCACCACCGGGAAGGCAAACGCCGAGGCCUGGAGGCGGAACAACAGCCACCACAAUAAUAGUAAAGGUGUCCGGCCGUUGAAGCGCUUUUCCACGAACCUGAAGGGGAUGGUGGAGGCGAGAGUCGGAGGGGGAGGGGGAGGAGGAGGAGAGUCGGCAGGGCGCAACCAGCAUUCGUCGCCGCCGCCGCCUCCGCCGCCUCCCGCCAUGGAUACGGCCAGUUUCUACGACCCAGACUACGUGCCGCCGCAGACGAUCCAUCUGAUGAAAGAGGCGCACGACGUGCUCAAGGGCGCGAUCCAGCUUCUCGACACGCUCCGGUGGAUGGAGCGGGCGCUGAAGCUGAUCAUCCAGGCGGGCGACGAGCUGGACGCGCGGCUGCACGAGCUCCGGCCGCAGCAAGGGGAGCCGUCGCAGCAGCCGAGGGACGACGCCGACGAGGAGCUGACGGAGCACUGGCACGAGAUCCGGCAGUACCUCGACUGCACGUGGCGGCUCUGCACGUCGCUCGAGACGGACCGGCGGAUGUCGGAGCUGCGGUGCCGGGCGCAGAUCGACAUCAUCUACUCCAAGAUGGCGCAGGAGGACAACAACCUCAACGCGCGGAUGGCGGUGGCGUCGACGCGGGACAGCUCGUCGAUGAAGGCGCUCGCCGUGAUCACGGCCAUAUUCCUGCCGGGGGAGUACAUCGGCACGCUGUUCGGCGUGUCCAUGUUCAACUGGGAGGGCGGGACGGCGGGCGACCCGGCCGCGUCCAAGGAUGCGGCCGACGACCUGCCGCACCCCGUGAUCAUGCCGUCGUUCUGGAUCUACUGGGCCUUCACGAUCCCGCUGACGCUCUUCAUCGUCGCGGGGUGGCGCGCCUGGUGGGUCAACCAGGACCGGUACUUCCGCCGCCACCUCAGCACCGAGCUCAGCAACGAGCGCUACUGGACCACCGACGGCAAGCCGCGCGCGCUCGAGACCACCUUCGCCGAGGACUUCUUCAGCGGCCUACUGCACCGCAGCGGCGCCCACAGCACCUCCAACAGCACCAUCCUCGGCGUGCCCCCCGCCCAGCCCAAGACCUCGGGCUCCGCCUCCGGCGCCAGCACCCCCCACGCCCUCCGCGAGGACAGCUUCCGCAUCCCCGGCGGCCCGCUCUCGCCGCCGGCCCACCUCGCGCCCGGCCGCGUGCUCUCGACGCGCCCCAGUGGCGGGCUGGCGCCGCCGCUCGACCGCGAGAAGAAGAUGAUGGCGAGCGACUCGGAGCGCGAGGACGACGGCGCCGGCACGGGCGUAGGCAGGGCGAUGCGGUUCAGGCGCAUCUCGUUCUCCCGGGGGUCGCGGGCGCGCCGGGACGCCGACGCGUCGGCGGUCUGAGUCGAGAAGACGAGCCGCGUUUCGAUGUUCCGGUAUUCUAGUUGGUGAUCGUUUUCGGGCGUGACGGUGGAGCCCCCCUCCCCGCCACGGCCGAGUUGGGCGGGACGAGCCGCGGCAUUUGCAUGUGAUGGACGUAGAGGAUGGAACGAUGAAAAAUGCGUGACGGAAUUGAUGGAUUAGGUAAAUCCGCCUACGUUGCUUAUCCUCUGUGCAUAAGCAUAAGCACGUGGGUUGUUGCUGUGUUAGGCAUUAUCCGUUGUCUGGGAUGAGAAUGCAUACAUUAUUACCUACAUAGAGGGAGGCGGGUAGAGGCAGAAAUAUGCGUGCCUCCUACUACUGCGUAUACAUACCUGCAUAGACACAUACAACGAGCCAACAUUACCUCGUAUAACUAAUUGCCUGUGCAGCCAACAUAACUACUUGUCAGGUAUGCAUUGAUGUAUAUCUAUACGUGUAUAUCUAUAUAUAUAUACCUAGGUAGGUA